AUGGAACAAAUACCUGCUGGUGGAGCUAAUGCUAUGACAGCUCAUGAAAUAUCAUUAAAUUCACCAGUUAAGACGCUCUCGCAGUGGAGGCGGAAUGUGGGCAGGGCGCUAGAGGCAGGGUUAGGGCUGAGUUCAUGUCCUUUCGCCUUCUAUGCGAUAGCCGACAACUCCCUGCCAAGGACAGCAAGGGCGAUUCUCUCCGCCUCAGGUGGCAAGGCACCCUCGCUGACCAUGUUUUCCACUUGGAGAUGGAGCAGAAGCGGCUCCUACGAGCGGGUCCCCGGCGGACUCCAGGCGCAGAAAUGCAGUCCAGAGAAAAGUGCUUCAUUCUUGAGUAAGAUGACCUAUUCCUGGUUUAGCAGAAUAAUUAUUUUAGGUUAUAAUAAACCUUUGGAAAGAGAGGAUCUUUGUGAACUAAACGAAAGUGAUUCCUCCUACACUGUGUGUCCCAUUUUUGAAAAACAUUGGAGAAAGGAAGUUUUAAGGAAUCAAGAGAGGCAAAAGGUAAAGGCCUCUUCCUAUAAAGAAGCACAUACCGGGAACCCAUCAUUACUCUCAGCACUCUGGAGCAACUUCAAGUUUGUCCUGAUUCAAGUUGCUUUAUUCAAAGUAGUUGCUGAUAUUUUGUCCUUCACUAGUCCACUCAUAAUGAAGCAAAUGAUCAUUGCUUGUGAACAUCACUCUGAUUUUGGCUGGAGUGGCUAUGGUUAUGCCGUGGCACUUUUUGUUGUAGUCUUUCUGCAAACCCUGAUAUCCCAGCAAUAUCAACGUCUUAACAUGCUCACCUCAGCAAAAAUUAAGACAGCUGUAAUUGGACUGAUCUACAAAAAGGCCUUACUUUUAUCUAGUGUUUCUCGAAAAAAGUUUUCCACUGGGGAAAUUAUUAACUUGAUGUCAGCAGAUGCCCAGCAGCUCAUGGACUUGACAGCAAACCUCAAUCUUCUCUGGUCAGCACCUUUUCAAAUCCUGAUGGCCAUAUCACUACUUUGGCAAGAACUGGGCUCGGCAGUGUUAGCAGGGGUUGCAGUCCUUCUGCUUGUUAUACCAAUAAAUGCUUUAGUUGCUACUAGAGUAAAAAAGCUGAAGAAACGUCAAACAAAGAACAAAGAUAAACAGAUAAAACUACUCAAUGAAAUCUUACAUGGAAUUAAGAUCCUAAAACUUUAUGCCUGGGAACCCUCCUAUAAAAAGAAAAUUAUUGAAAUUCGAGAACAGGAAUUGGAAGUUCAAAAAUCUGCUGGGUAUCUUACUGUAUUUUCUAUGCUAACAUUAACUUGCAUUCCAUUCUUGGUGUCUCUGACCAUCUUUGGAGUCUAUUUUUUAUUGGAUGAAGUAAAUAUUUUAACAGCCGCUAAAGUAUUCACAUCUAUGUCUUUGUUUAAUAUUUUGAGGCUUCCUCUGUUUGAUUUCCCAGUGGUGAUUUCAGCUGUGAUCCAGACAAGGAUAUCACUGGAUCGUUUGGAGGACUUUCUCAACACUGAGGAGCUGCUACUUCAAAGUAUUGAAACAAACUACAGAGCAGAUCAUGCCAUUGGAUUUACAAAUGCUUCCUUCUCUUGGGAUAAAACAGGGAUUCCAGUAUUAAAAGACUUGAACAUAAAGAUUCCAGAAGGUGCUUUAGUGGCUGUUGUAGGGCAAGUUGGGUCCGGAAAAUCAUCUGUGCUUUCUGCCAUCCUGGGGGAAAUGGAGAAACUUACGGGAACAGUCCAAAGAAAGGGCUCCGUGGCUUAUGUUUCCCAGCAGGCCUGGAUUCAGAAUUGCAUUUUGCAAGACAACAUUCUCUUUGGAUCUGUCAUGCAGAAGCAGUUUUAUGAGCGAGUAUUGGAAGCCUGUGCUCUCUUCCCAGAUUUGGAGCAGUUACCCAAUGGAGAUCAAACCGAGAUUGGAGAAAGAGGUGUGAAUAUAAGUGGAGGGCAGAGGCAUCGAGUAAGUCUGGCUAGAGCUGUCUACAGCGGAGCUGAUAUCUACCUCCUGGAUGAUCCUUUGUCUGCAGUUGAUGUUCAUGUUGGAAAGCAGCUUUUUGAAAAAGUGAUAGGAUCUUCAGGCCUUUUGAAAAGCAAGACUCGUAUUUUAGUGACACACAACCUCACACUUCUGCCACAGAUGGAUCUUAUUGUUGUAAUGGAAAGUGGCAGAGUAGCACACAUGGGAACAUACCAAGAGCUGCUGUCUGAAACCAAACAUUUCACUCAUCUACUACAAGUCUUCAGUGAACAAGAAAGAGAUACAUCAAAAAACUUAGAAUUUAGGAUCCUCUCUAUGUCUGUAUAUGGGAAAAUUUUUACAAGGGACAAUGAGAGAUACUCUUUGGAUCAAGGAAAACAGUUCUCAAUGAGAAAAGAAAAGAUCCCUGUUGGUGGGGUGAAGAUCUCAGUAAUCAUGAAGUACCUCCAAGCCUUUGGCUGGCCAUGGGUGUGGCUGGCUAUGGUCACUUACCUAGGGCAGAAUUUGGUGGGCAUUGGACAGACACUAUGGCUAAGUGCCUGGACAAGAGAAGCAAAGCACAUGGAUGAAUUUAAGGAGUGGAAGCAAUUAAGAAGCAAUAAACUUAAUAUCUACGGAUUAUUGGGAUUAAUUCAAGGUCUCUUUGUCUGCUUUGGGGCCUAUGUGCUCACUAGAGGAUCCCUGGCUGCCUCUCGAACCUUGUACUCUCAGCUGUUAAAUAAUGUGCUACAUCUCCCACUUCAAUUUUUUGAAACGAAUCCCGUAGGCCAGAUUAUCAAUCGAUUCACCAAGGACAUGUUUAUAAUUGAUAUACGUUUCCAUUACUACUUACGAACCUGGGUGAAUUGUACAUUGGAUGUUAUUGGAACUAUUUUGGUCAUUGUGGCAGCUUUACCACUGUUUAUUCUGGGAGUGUUUCCCUUGGUUUUCAUCUAUUUCACUAUACAAAGAUACUAUGUGGCAAGCUCUCGGCAGAUUCGGCGGUUAGCAGGAGCAUCCCGCUCUCCUGUCAUUUCCCACUUUAGUGAGACUUUAUCAGGAGUGUCCACAAUCAGAGCAUUUGGACAUGAACAGAGGUUCAUCCAACAAAACAAAGAGGUGGUGAAUGAGAACUUAGUCUGUUUCUACAAUAACGUAAUUUCAAACAGGUGGCUGUCUUUUAGACUUGAAUUCCUUGGCAACAUAAUGGUAUUCUUUGCUGCACUGCUGGCUGUGCUGGCUGGCAAUUCCAUAGAUUCAGCAAUAGUUGGUUUGUCCAUAUCCUAUGCCUUAAAUAUUACUCAGUCUCUGAAUUUUUGGGUAAGAAAAGCAUGUGAAAUUGAAACCAAUGCAGUUUCUAUUGAAAGAGUUUGUGAAUAUGAAAAUAUGGAUAAGGAGGCACCCUGGAUAAUGUCUAGAAGGCCUCCACCACAAUGGCCCAGUAAAGGCAUAGUAGAGUUUAUUAAUUAUCAGACUCGAUAUAGAAAUGAUCUUGGUUUAGCAUUACAGGAUAUCACUUUCCGGACUCAUGAGGAAGAGAAGAUUGGAAUUGUGGGAAGGACUGGAGCAGGCAAAUCAACACUAUCAAAUUGCUUGUUUAGAAUUAUAGAGAGAUCAGGAGGCAAGAUUAUUAUUGAUGGUAUUGACAUUUCAACGAUUGGACUACAUGACCUUCGUGGCAAACUUAAUAUUAUUCCACAGGAUCCCAUUUUAUUUUCUGGAACCCUUCAAAUGAACCUGGAUCCUCUGGACAAGUAUUCUGAUGAUGAGCUGUGGGAAGUGCUGGAAUUAUGUCACUUAAAAGAGUUUGUGCAGUCCCUUCCCAAGAAGCUGCUGCAGGAGAUCUCUGAGGGUGGUGAAAACCUCAGUGUUGGACAACGGCAACUUGUCUGUCUUGCUCGUGCUUUGCUUCGAAAAACAAAAAUUCUUAUCUUGGAUGAGGCAACGGCCUCCAUCGAUUUGGAGACUGAUAACUUUGUGCAGACCACUAUCAGGAAGGAGUUCUCUGAUUGUACCAUCCUGACGAUUGCUCACAGACUGCAUUCUAUCAUUGAUUCUGACAGAGUGCUUGUUCUAGACUCUGGGAGGAUUAGAGAAUUUGAUGCACCACAGAACUUGAUACAACAAAAAGGGCUUUUCUUUGAAAUGAUAAUGGAAGCUGGAAUAGCACAAGACUCAGAGACAAAAAAAUAA